AUGUCUGAAGAGAUCGGCAACCACGAUAACGCAGACAAAGUUCAACGGCCAGCUUCAUGUCAGAAAAAGCAAUCAUCAUUUACCAUAGAAAGACGGGAAUCUUCAUUUUCGGUUGCGAGCAGUCAGGCUGAAAAUGGACAUUAUUAUCUCGUGUUCCUCUUGGUCGUUAAGUGGUUUGCGGCGGUAUUUCUUUUCUUGUUAAUGUUGUGCUGCGUUGUUGCAAGUAAAAUUUGUUUGUUGGUCUUAGGACAACACUUCAAAAAUUUAAACCUAACCGAAAGAAGUAGUAACGACGGUACUUCUACAGAGAUAAAAAAGCAAGCAUUAUUUCUUAUGCUUAUUCUGGCUCUGAUGAUUCCCGAAGGCGUAUCUUUCAUUUACGCUUCAUGGACAAGUUUGAGGAGAAGAAGUCGCCCAUGGCCAACAAAAAAAGGCUUCAUAACGGUAAGUCUAGUGACGAAAAGUCUGGCUAAAACUUACGAAUUCCUUAAAGUUCUCAUCGCUAUUACUUUAAUUGAACACAACUUUCCCAAUUUUUGCCUUUUGUGUCAAGUCAGAAGAUAAUGCAAAACAACUCUGCAUAGUUUGGGCGACAGAGGGUAAUGGCUAAAAACACGGAGAGCAGAAUUUGUUCUUUGAAUCUAUCAAUUAUAAGAAUUACUUACAAAUGAAUGUAAAUGAAUUGCAGUGAUAAUACAGCCACGUUAUCAAAGCUAAAAAUCUGAAUCAGUCAACAAAAAACUUCUUAUCAAGAAUCUGAGGGAUGACAAAGGAUUGAUGAUAUGCAUUGCCAAGCAAUCUCACCAAGACUGCGUUCGUGCGGAGUUUUUCCAGGGUCCUCUCGGCGGUAUACAGAUACCAUCGUCCCCCCAAUAUGCAUGCUCUCUCGGCAGCCAUUCUCUUGUCGCGUGACAAUUAUCCUCUGAAUUUUUUAAACAAGUUCUGAAUUACAAAAAGAAAAAUUCUUUAAAACUGAAAACUUGUUAAAAGAUAAUUGUUUAAAGAUAAAUUUUGAUGACACUUUAAGCGACAUUUAUACAUGCAAUCCAGAUUGUGUGCGAUCAGAAUUUGAAUUUGAAGUCUAAACAUGCUUAGACCAGGGUUCUUUGAAAACUGCAGGUGCCGAACUACUUGAGACAUAUAUAGCAUCGUUGUUCAAAAAAUAAUAAUAAAAAAAAUAGGAAAGAAAAGAUAUGUUAUGAGCUUUUAGGACGCUACGCCAACUCAGCGUAGAUCAAUUUGUUCUCUAAUAAGUCGUAUUUUCCUUUUGCAUUCAAUUUGGUAUCCGCAAGCAUAAUCACAACGCUAUAUCACGCAUCACUGAAUGCGCUUCCGCAAGAACGUCAGAAUCAAAACCCCUAUGUUAAUAACUAGCCGGUCUGUCCACAUCAUCCUCCCUGCCAAAAUGGCCGAGAAUUACAAAUGCAUAAAGUAGAUAGAGCUCUGCAGUCUCAUAAGUGACCAGAUGAGGCUUAUUCAGUACCAUGACUCUUUUAAAACGAGUUUUAUCCCGGUCACUUAGAAUUCAAAUGAAGUAGAAAUUUUCUGGCGCUGAAUUUUGAACAUCGUACCCAAGUUUAGAAAGAGAAAAAGAGAAAAAUUGUUGUGUUGUGUUAAACCUCUGAGUACUGUUUUUCUGCGACAUGCUCGUUGCCAUUGCUGUCUCGGUUUCUAGGGUAAACAAAACGAGGAUUGCCGCCUCAGUUUUUUUAUUUGUUUCUUUUGGUUGUUUUAUUUGCUGCUUUGGAGAUAGUUUUGAGCAACAAGACGAUAAGCUAACGCGGUCGAGUGUUUUCAAAACUUGACCAUCAUCCAUUGUCCUUUUUAAUUGCAGAUAUUCAUUGGUGGCUUUCUGGAAAUUGUUUCUCUUUGUUAUAUCGUCUUUGUCAUGCUGACAGUCACACCAAUCAGCUCAGACGCCAUUAUUCUUCUCCCGUGCAGCCUAGCGCUGUGUUCAGCUGUGUGGCAGGUCAUUAAAUCAAGAUCACAGUGGAGCACAAGGAAGGGAAAGUUGAAAACCUUUAAGUUUGGAGUUGGUGCGUUUUUCGCUGCUGCUGGUGCUUCAUUGUUGUUCUUCAUGUAUGAGGUAACCAAGAUUUCAAGUAUACUAUCGUUUCCCGAUCAUAGUCUGAGUUUGUUACUCAAGGCGCCCUUUCAGAACUUAGAGAGGUCGACAUACCUCACCAAUCUCUCACAUAUCGAACAGCUGCAAUAUCAGCUAUUUUCGCUUUCUUCUUCUUCUUCUUCUUCUUCUACAGUUUGACUUCUAUUCUACCGUCACGAAUAUAGAAACAAUUCAUGCCCACUUAAAACUCUAGUACUCUACAGCAGUUACGUAUUAGUAUAUGCUGUAGAUUGGUGUAUGCUGUAGUUUGGUGUAUAGUUACUGUGGAUUGCUGUUGUUCGUAUAAUUCGUGUAGCUGCUGUAGUUUGGUGUAGCUCGUAUAGUUAGUAUAAUUCGUGUAGUUGCUUUAGUUCCUAUAGUUUGGGAUAGUUCAUGUAGUUGCUGUAGUUGCUUCUUCUUCUUCUUCUUCUUCUGCUACAGUUCGACUUCUAUUCAGAAGAAAACGGCAACCAAAUUAACCACGCGUCUGACAUUAUGUAAAAGGUUGUUUUUGAAAAAUAAUAAUAAUAUUAUACCAAUGCUUAUAAUUAAAAAUACUGGAAAAUAUCAUUUGCAACAAAAAUUACACUUGGAAGAUUAUAAAAUCAUGUAUUAAAUCUUUAUUCUUUCAGUUACCUUUUGAGUGCGUUGUGCUUUUUUCCUUGUCCAUCGCUUGGUCUCCUGAACUGCGGGAACUGCAAAUCAGCAAGAGACAGAAUUCCGCUAACGAAAGCCAUGACGAGAAUUCAAGAAUGCGGCAAUGCAACAAUGCCCGUGGGAAAGCUGCCAUUGUCAUCUCCUUAUGGAAACUUUUCCUAACGCCCUUAGUUGCUGUCAUGUUCGCCAAAAUUUAUAAAACUGUAGAGCUCGACCGAUUUUCAGCAGGAUUCAAAGCGAUCGAUACAUCAAACCCGUCUCUUUUGUAUUUUGCCUUUCAUAUCUUUGCCAGUUUCUUUGGUUACCAUUUUGGUUGGCUCGCCUGUUCGCUCUGUAUGCAGAAGAUUGGAUACGCUCUUCCCUUGUCGCUAGCCACGCCCAUCACCCUUUUAAUAACAAACGUUAAAGUGUUCUGUGAGACGAACGCUGUUCCUUUACCAUGCACAACAGAAAACCUAGCUAACGCUAAAACAAUCGCUGCUGCGCUCCUCCUUUGUUUGGCACAGUUCAUGACCACCACGUACUACUUGUGGAAAAGCCAUGGAUUGAUCAUAGCCAGCGCAUACGACCUGUUUUGGAUCCCAUCCUACAAUGGUAUGUUCUAUUGGUAAAGGAAGCUUUCCGUGCUGUUCAUGCCUCCCGUUUGGCAUAGUUAGGAAACUUAAAGUGUUUAUAUAUGUCACGAGAAUAUUGCAGUUUUUAGUCAUCGUUUAAUGCAUUUUCCCAAGGCAGCAAAAAAUCGUUGUGACAAAUUUAAGAUAUCACAAAAAUUUCAUCAUGAAGUAGUAUAGUCACCCGAACGUUUUGAAAAAUAAAUAAAUAAAAAAAAGGAAUUGCAUGCAAUAAUUGAUCUUCUAAAAAUUAUGCGUUGGGACCUCUCCUCGGAAGGAGAGCGACCACCUCCCGUGAGCGAGCAACGAAUCUUCGCACUUCGAGUGGUCGCUUCCGAGGAGGUUCGAAAGCACUUCUUUUUGUAAAUAGUCAUUGCUUGGUUUAUGAAUAGGUGUCUGCCUUGAACAGUUUCUGCUGUUGAAUAGACGAAGCAAAGCAUCUGAUGAUGGGCAAAAUACACAACAGAAUCCCACUGGUGACGACCGACAGUAUAUAUUCAUAUGCACGACGAUGUACCGCGAAGAAGACUAUGAAAUGGAACAGCUCCUUCGAUCGAUUCAUGAUGUUGACAAUAACGCUGCGAAAACUAAACGUCAUUAUGAGUCACACAUUUUGUUUGAUGGAGGUGUCAGAGGACAGGUUAUCGCUGAUUAUGCGUUACAGUUGGCUUCAUUGGUGGAAGAUACAUUAAAAGUACAACUAAGUGACUGCUGCAAAAUAAUGACCCCCUAUGGCAUGCAGCUAAAGUGGAGACUGCCAGGUGGAAUGGAAUUCACGAUUCACUUAAAAGACAAUGCUAAAGUAAGUAAACCAGCGAUGCAGCAGCGAUUUGCCAAUAUUGAUUCCUUAAGAUCACCGUGCUUCAAUCAUCCAACACCGAGUUUAUGUUUAAGAUAUUAGCUCACUAGCUCACUAAAAGUAAUAACACACGACUUUUGUUAUUUUAAGUGAUCAGGCAGUAAUAAUAGUUAAGGAAAUAGCUUUCAGGUACGCCGCUAGCUACAACACGAAAUGAAACAUUAAAAGCAACAAUAAUCCCUUAACAAACUUUGGACAUAUAAAAUGAAAAGCAUAAAAUAUUUAAAACUAUUUACAGCCUUGGAUAUUGGUGAAAACAUCUAGAGAUUUCAACAGGGUCAAAGAGUCCCAAGAAUCCUUAAUGCUACUAAACUCAAAUUUCACUGGCCACAUUUACAGUUCUCAUUGAGUAGUCAUAUUGCAAUGAAGCCUUUGGAAGUUAUACCGUAGACAUUGGUAAUUCUGAUCGUGAUAGUCGGCAAGAGAAAUUAGCUUGAAGAAAAAAUAUAAAAUUUGUGAUUUGUUUUUUCACCAAACACAUUCUCAAUCCAGAACAACUGAGCCUUCACCACAACAGGCAUAACAACCUCGUCGACCCUACAUACGCAAUAUUAGUAACCGUGAUAAUCGACUUUUACAGGUGAGGAAUAAGAAACGUUGGAGCCAAGUGAUGUAUAUGUCAUAUGUGUUGGAUUACCAACAGAAUCGUCUUAAUGGUGAGAGCAAAUUCUGCAACACCCCUUGAUCUCAUGCUGGAGAAAUUCUCCUGCCCCCUUGAUCUCAUGUGGCAGAAAUUCUGCAAGACCCCUUGAUCCGGGGGGUCAUGCUGCAGAAAUUCUGCUGCCCCUUUGAUAUCACGCUGCAGAAAUUCUGCAAGAACCCUCGAUGUCGUGCUGCAGAAAUUCUGCAAGAACCCUCGAUGUCGUGCUGCAGAAAUUCUGCAAGACCCCUUGAUUUCAUACUGCAGAAAUUCUGAAAGACCCCUUGAACUCAUGCUGCAGAAAUUCUGCAAGACCUUUGAUCGCAUGCUUCAGUAAUUCUGCAAGACCUUUGAUCGCAUGCCUUAGAAAUUCUGCUGCCCCUGAUCUCAUUCUCCAUGAUCUCAUGCUGUAUAAAUUCUGUUCUCUCUUGGUCUGAUGCUGAUGGCGCAGAAUUUCUGUUUCACUGGUAACCAGGGGUCGCAUAAUAUCUGUUGCAAAGGUUAUCAUAGACUGCAGUCCUUCCUCAUCACUUAUCAUCAAAGGCUGCAGAAUUUCUGCAUCAUGGGUAAUCACAUUGUGUAGAAAUUGCGCAUCAUAGGCCGCGGCGCUCAUAUGAAGAGACCCUGACCCCGCCGGUUAAGACGGACAGAAAUCUCCCGGGGGCAAACAACGCGUUUGACCGUGAUUUAACUCUAGCGCACGUGAGAGAUUUUUAAAAGGGCAAUUUUAAUUACAUUUCAGUGAAAUGCGACCAAUCCUUUAUCCUUACAACCGACGCAGACGUUAAGUUUACCCAUGAAUCUGUCGAGGCGUUAAUAGACCAGAUUAUUGAAGAUCCUGGAGUUGGAGCAGUUUGUGCUCGAACACAUCCCAUGGGGAGCGGGCCUAUAGUCUGGUACCAGAUCUUCGACUACGCCAUUGGUCAUUGGUUUCAAAAGGUCUGUAUAUCCUUACACUGUCGGUAGAUGUCACAAAAGUAAUCUGUUUCUCAUUGCAAAAAAUUGUCGCCUCGCAUCAUUCAAUGGCUGACGACGGCGACUCCAACAGAAACGUCAAAAAGGAAAUAUAGCUUCGAUAAGCAAACAACCACGAUCGCACGUUUUUGGACAUUUCUUUGCCGUCAGUUAAGACUACGACGUAAAAUUGCCCAAUCUCUCGUUUUACAGAGAACGUUAGAAAGAGACGGGCGACGUAAUUUUCUUUCUCUUUCUGAAGUUGGAUAUGAUUCCUAGUAAUUUGUCUCCCUGACAAUUCGCCCACAUUCGACGAAGUGGACGAGUGGACUGGAUGACUGGGGUUGAAUGAGGAGAAAUUCAGUUAUAAGAUAGUCCAAAGAGUUUGAUUGAGUUGCAUUUUUUCUGGUCUUCAAAUUCAGCACUUAUUUGAGUGUAGAGAUGCGACGUAGAGCUAAAUAGUUUAGUUAAUUCAGUUUCUCUCUUCAUUAACAAGAGUUUGCGAGUUUUUAAAGUAAGGAUUCUGAAAUCGAAGUUCAGCUUUAAAAAGUGAUACGGAUCUCUAAACGGCUUACACGUAUCGAUGCAUGGAGUGGUUAGUAUGCUAUUUAUAAACUGUGAUGAUAGCAUCGCCGAAAGUUAUGAACGCCUCUCUCUUUUUAUACGCCUCCUAUCCUGAUUAUGCGCCACCGCCUGAGCUCCUAAUUAAAAUAACGCCCUGGGCCGAGUUGUUCAAAGCUGGGUUAAGAUAACCCAGGGUUAGUGCGGGAUUUGAAUUCAGAUUUGAAAGCUUAAAAAGUAUUUCAGUUUUAAUUCUUUUUGUCUACAAGUUGAUGAUUGGAAGCUCUAAAAAUAACGGAGAAAAUUAUCCGAGAAAAUGCUUGUGAACACAAGAAAAAGAAACCAGGGUUAAAUUUAACCCCGGGUUAAGCGCUAAUCGGUCUUCGAACAACUGGGCCCUGGGCGAUUGGAAGCAGUAUAUCAUUUACGGUAAUGAUUCGCGCACACUUUUCAAGAGAAGUGUGGAUGAUGUAUUGCAUUGCAGGUAGCAAAUCACAUGUUUGGUUCCGUGCUGUGUAGCCCUGGUUGUUUUAGCCUGUACCGUUGCCAAGCUGUUAGGGAUGUGUUACCGACAUACGCUACAAAAGUAAACCAUGCUUUUGAAUUUCUCACCAAAGAUAUGGGUAGGUUAACAAGGUAUAUUUGUUCUAUACUGAAUUACGUAAUAUCUAUCUCAGUAAAAUUUCCCCAAAAGUGUUCUCUAGAGUCGAGGAGACUAUAAUAAAUGAAUGUUCGUAAUGGCCAUUUAUCGUUUCUUGAACUUGGAAGUUGCUACUAGUUAAAAAAGCGACAAAAUGUCAUUAAACAGGACUGGUCAAACAGGAAGAGUUUUACCUCAAGUUUCACAACAUUUGUAUGAUUUUAGACACCAGUGUAGCCAGGUCGUUAUAAUAAAACUUAACGGAAUAUAAGGGCCCAUAAGUAUUUGAUGGCCACUUUGGCAAGCAAAUUGGUUGACAAAACGUGCCAAAUUUGACCAAUAAAUUAACCAAUACAUACAAUUAGCCAAAGGUGUAGGUGAGCAGUAUUGUGGGCUGCUUGACUGUUAACAUCCCUUGCACCAAAAACUGGUUAAAAGCCUGGUAAGCCUGGUAAAUCCAGACUUUCUGGUUUUUUUGAAAAUGCUCACUACGGCUAACAUGACAUCCUUAUAUUGUAGGCGCUUACACCAGGCGUUAAUACUUCUUUUUAAAUGCUUAAAUGGUACAGGACCUGCUUAUAUUGGAAGCCUUUUUAAAUACAGGCAUACACCGUAUAGGCUAAGAGGCGAGGGCCUGAAUUUGGAAUUACCUAACUUUAAUCUUAAUUUUAAGAAGAAUUCUUUCACUUAUUCAUUAACUAAGUUAUGGAACAGUUUGCCUUCUCAAGUGCGUCUUUCAAGUGAUGCUAAUGUCUUCAGAAGUAAAUUGUACGGUUGCAGCUUUUUAGAACGCGUCUUAUAGUGCACGAUUGCAGCUUUUAACCGUUUUUAGAAUGAGUAUUAUAGUUUUUCCUAAUCACAUGUGGCUUUUUGGUCGGUUUUAGCUUUUUAUAUUUUAUGUUUUUAUUACCAAGUUUUUUAUAUGUAUAUAUUUACUGAGUUGUUUUUAAAAUUAAAUAAUCAUAGAUUAUAUAGCUGUAAUUAUUAUAGAUUUUAUUUAUACACGUUCGUAUUUUGAACGAGUUUUUUUUUAAGCUCUUUGACGUAACGUGUUAAAAUAAAUGAUUGAUUGAUUGAUUGAUUGAAAAGCAAACUCGAAAACCUGGUACAUGGUUAAGCCUUUUGGCUUUAUACCCUUGAUGCAUGCUUUUGAAGCCCGGUUGAUAGUUACAAUAACAGAACUUUUGAACAAUUUUAAUAUCUAUUUUUAAUCCUUAAAAAACACUGCUUACGAACACAAAAGGUACCGUAUCGUUUUUUUUGAAAGGGGAAGACCGCUGGAUGUGCACCCUAAUGUUACAGCGAGGCUGGCGAUUGACAUACUGCGCUGCCGCAGUUGACAGCACGUACUGCCCUGAAAGCUUCGAUGAGUUUUACAAGCAAAGACGUAGAUGGACUCCAUCGACAUUGGCCAACCUUAUUCUACUUGUGAAGGAGUGGAAGCUGACACUGAGACAGAACGAACACAUCUCGUUCGUUUUCAUCGUCUACCAAACGUUUCUUGUUUGUUCCACUGUUAUCGGGUAAGUAAAAAAUUUCAACCAUAAAUUUGGGCUUCGCUUUAUUUUGAUUUCAAAGGCAGGGUACACUAUGUCAAAAAAGGUCGUUAAUUGUCGACAUUGUCGCUCGGAGCCUGGUUGGUGAAAGCUUGCGCUCAGACGUAAUUUACAUCGGUUAGUAACGUCUGCGAAGCCCGGGGACGGGGUACUUCCUUACAAGAGGCUAAUGGGAAUGUACCGCUGGAUGGGGUCGCAUUUUCACGACUGGAUUGACUAUAAUGGGGUCGCACGUUCAACAGAGUUACUAGAAUGGGGUUUUUUAAAUCUACGGUUAGCAAACUUACCAGAUGUUUUUACUGUAGGUGAAAAAUGGGUCAAAUCAUUUUCGGAUGAGCUAUUUAAAGGAUUGAUAAGGUAGUUACAUAAAUAGAAAGUGACUAAGUUGGGAUCGCGAAAAUUACAUGGUAUUUGCCCAAAAAGAGUAAGAUGGGGUCUAUAAUUGGUUACAGAAUCGAAUAGACUAUAAUGGGGCAGGGGCUCCAGAGGCCAGUGGCACAUACCCAGCAAAAAUUAACCCCAAGUAAAACCCCCCCCCCCCCGGGCUGUGCCCGCCGCGAACUCAACGAAUGGCAUGCACUAUAUGUUAGCACACCAUAUAGUCGUGCAACAUAAAUUAAUUGAACACUGUGCACGUCGUUUUGUAAGCAUUACAAGACUUUGUACACAGUGUUUAUUUAAUUUAUGUUGCACGACUAUAUGGUGUGCUAACAUGUAGUGCAUGGCCCAACGAAUUGCCAGAUGUGCGUUUCGAAUCUCCUUUCAUACUGAUUGGCAAAUCGAUAAUGGAUUUUAACAGGUCAAUCAUAGCUCGUUCUCAAAUCCUGGUAAACAGGUAGAGGUCGGGAACAAGGAUUUGGGCGCUGUUUCGCAAACGUACUGAACCAGAGUGUAGUUUCGUCUGUGGCGCAGGCCAGGUUGGUCAGCAAUACUGCAGUGUUUUUUUCUUAAUGAUGUCAAUGAUGGGAUUUAGCAUUUUUGUCAAUUUUCUUACUAUUCCAGACCCUCUACGGUGAUUCUGGUCAUAGUUGGUGGAAUGCUGUAUUCGGGCAUUGGCUGGAAUGAAAUAACCAUAGUUGUCCUUGUCUCUCUGGUGGUGUUUGGUUACACCUUAGUGUGUCUCCUCACCUCGCCAAAUUUCCAGCUGAAGGUUUCCAAGCUACUCACUUUCGUUUUUGCUGUAAUCAUGUGUAUUGUUGCUGUCGGUGUAGCUGUUCAAAUCUCAAACGAGUUACAGGAAAGGAACACCGAGCCAACAGCGGCGCCAACAGCUCAAGCGAACACAACUUCCGCUUAUGCACAGAAACCUCUGGAACAUCACCUUCCCGCCGGAGUUAGCACGUUAUACUUGGCUGGAUUAUCCGGGAUCUUUAUUGCUGCAGCCCUGUUGCAUCCUAAAGAGUUAACGUGUCUGUUGCACGGUGUUUGGUAUCUCCUUUGUUUGCCCUCUGGAUAUCUGCUUCUAACAAUUUAUUCCCUGUGCAAUCUAACGGAUAGAUCUUGGGGUAGGCUUAAAGUACAGAUCAGAAUUUAGGGCUUUCAAAGUGUAAGAGAGGGUCUUCAAUAGGUUUUUCGGAAAACGGGAUUUGCCUUAUUUGUAAGCUGGGAUUCGGGAUUCGGGAUUCGGGAUACGGGCUAUUAGGGGUUGGAAGUACGCAGGGGAUGCGGGAUGCUGAAUAAACAUUAAGGAGCUUAAGAAACGACGACGGCGACGGCGACGGCAACAAGAACGGCAAAAAAGCAAUUGGUUUAGAUUAGCGAAACAACAACUUUUGUACCAGCAUCACGCUAUUUUGUACAAUUUGCCCUCGUUGCACGACUACGACGUGAAACCUCCCAGUUUCACGUUUUAUGGACGACGUGAACACAAGACAACGACUUUCUUUUCCAUUUUCUGAAUUCAGAUACAGUCCUUUAGAAUCAACUCCAGAAGAACUCUCCAACAUUAAACAAAUUGUAUAAAAUGCAGGAGCAAGAGUGAUAAAGUUUGAAACAGCGUGAACUCACUUUCCAAGUGAUGUUUUCGAUGCUGUUGCCGUUGUGGUCGCUUAAAGCUCGCUAUUUAGGUCGGGAUGGCGGAAUUGAAGAACUCUGUUGGGGAACCUCGUAAUAUAAAAAUGAUACCGUUUAUAAUUAAGAACAAGUGACCACCCGGCAUUCUCUCUAACACUUUUGGUGCCAUUCCAGGUCUAAAUGUUUCACUAACAUGGAGAGAUUUUCAAAGCACUGAAGGAGCUAAAUUCUUUUGUCUUCUUCGCCAUAACUAUCCCCCAUAAACCAUUUUUUCCUGAAUAGAGCUGAUUGCAAAGAAUCGCAAACUAAUUUUUCCAGUCUGGAAAGCAAAAAACGAGAACCAUACUGAAUUAAUCACAAAAACCGCCAUUUGUUAUGUCUUAAUUUAUUCUUCAUGAUUUUGAAAGGUUAGUAUGGCUGAGUUAGAAAACAGCGAGGAUGACUAAGACGUUUAAGGUAGAGAUUAACGACUUUGCUUAUCCAUUUUAUAUCAAAACUUAACACAGGCGAAAUUGCAUCAGAAAAUAAAAUCUUUUGUCUUGUUCUCCGUUGUCGAUAGCCGGUUUUGAUCCAGGGUCUCAAUUAAUUGACGCUGGUUUUUGCUCUUUCAAUUUGAAUCGGCUUUCCAGAUUAAACAACCGUAUCAAAAUUUGUUAACUUAAUAGGACAAAUAUAUUUAAUUGUUAGAAUCUUAUGUGUGCUUAACGUCUUGUUUUGAACCAUAUCAUAUUCAAUACCUUAUUUUAUUUUUACCCUAAAGGAACAAGGGAAGGAAAGUCAGCCUCACAAGGGGGUGACUGGUAUACGUCCGUUGGGGAAAGCUUGAGGGAAAUUGUCAGUUGUUGUCAAUGCUGCGGAAACCCAGGACAGUCAAACCAGCUUCAACAACCUUCCAUGCAGCCCGUGGUGGCAAGGAGAGGGGACAUGAUAGACGUGGCUUGUCAAGUUAACAUCAAUAACAACUCGCAUAGUGAGGUAGAAGACUAGCUAAUUAACGUUUACAAAGGAGAUCUUAAGAUACACCGUUUCUGUAGGAGUAGGGGAAAACUAUUUGUAACCAGCCCUGAUUAAUACGGGUUGAUUUCCUCUUAAGUCGGAGGCUAACGGGCUAAGCUACCGGGUAGAACGGUUAUGUCCUAUAUCAUUAUAUCUGGGAAAUCAAGGUUUCUUGUUAUACAACUACAGACAAGCUUGUUCGCCAACCAGGCAUAACCCUCAGAGAGAAACGAUGUAAGUUGUUGGCUUCUUAUUUGCAGGAAUUAUACAAAAUGUCAAGAGGUCAGAUUUGUUUUGUUCAAAACGUAACCUCAUUUAUCACUCAGUAAUGUUCUUUACUUGUUUUCAUCGAGCCUUUUUUUUGGAGUAACGAUUUGAAAAGGAAUGGUUUCUUAUUAAGAGAUUUUCAUUUAAUCAAAUACUCUAGCUGUCCGAGCAGCCAUCAUGUCAAACAUGUCAUGGAAAAGGAAUGACUUUUGGUGCGGAAGGAAAAGCUCCAAGUACAAUGAAUGACAAGGAUGGUGUAAGGUCUUCCGCUGACGUUCAAAAUCGAAAUUUAAACAGAAGAAGGUCUGGUAAGAAACCUUCAAAGAAGACUGAACCUGAGAACAAACUUCCAGUUGUUACUAUGUACUCAGCGGCAGAAAUUCCAAAAAAGGUAAAAUCGAUGCGAUCAACAGAGAGAAAAGGCGAAUCUGAAAUAACCAACAGUGUUGAAUUCCUUUCUGAUGGCACGGCUGAAGCGAAAAAUGGUAAAAUGAUCCAGACUGAGUAUCACACUGUACAAGAACUUUCUUUCUUGCCUGCUUUAAAUGAAAAACAUUCGUUGACCCGAAGGAAAACAGCAGACGACAAGGUUGAUUUAAGAGGUGAAUCAAUUUCUGAUCCCCACGAUAGCUCUGAGAGCUCGAUGCUUGUACAAAAUAAGGUUCAAAGAGGUACCUCUGAACCCAGGCCAAGCAGCUUUUCAAGACAUCAUGGAAAAGAGAUAAAUAAAUCUGUUGAGUGUUCAUGUACUGAUUUCAUGGAAGGACCAGAUUUUAAAGGAAAACAUGAGUGUCCCCCCAAAAUUUCAGAAAACACUGGUGAUAAUCAACAAGAUUUACAGCAUGUGUUAGAUCGCAAUGAGCCAGAUGGAUCAUGCCGUCUUCAGUUACCUGGUAAGAUGCUUCUUAGAAUCAUGUCAUUUAUAUAAUUAUAAGCCUGUGAUCAUGCCCUCCCUACAUCUCUAUUAUAUCUUUCGUGAUUUUUGCGUCUCCUCUAAAAAAAAAACGAAAACGAAAAACCUGGAAAUUGCGGGCGACAAGAGGAGCCUGCAAUCCUGUUAUCCAGGUUACUAUUACUCUUUCUGGCACGAACGUAGCCAGCAUUCGUUUGGACUUCCACUAAAACUAAAUGGAAUAUGCAAAACAUCAUCUGGUUACGCGCAUUUGGACUUUCUAUCACUUGUUAUCUGUUCACGGACGUUUUUACCUUCUAUCAGUGAAAUAUACGCAGAGCAGUCAGCAUUAGAGCAAGAGCGUUUUGACCUUCGAUAAGAAACUCUUAGUAAUAAUAAAAAAAAUAAAAAAUAAAAAUAAAAACUCACCCGCACUCCUUAACCUUCGGUUAUUACAAGCUUAUACAUUUGAGUCUCCAUCCUCCGCAGUACUCUCUUAUGUGCUGCUAGGAACUGGAACGAGAAGAAAAGUCAGCACUCCCCACCGUACUCCUUCGCGCUCACAGGGAGAAGGGUUUGCGCUUUCUGGAGCAAAAUUAGUCAUAAUGUGCAUGUACAGCAAUUAUAUUUUUAGCAUUGGUGAAGCUGCAACCAAAUGAUCUCCUGUGCUUAAAAAUUAGAGCUGAAAAGUUUUUAUACCUGAAAUUUAUUCAUUAUUAAUAUUAUUCAGUUUUUCUUUCUACUUACAUUUAAUUUCAAAGACGGAGAAUCUCGUCCCCAGUCAAGGCUCGGAGGCGAAAUGUCCUACUCGAAUCUCAACACACCAGUAAACGACUGGUUAAAUCAGCUGGAUUUUUCACUACAGGUAUUUGAAAUACGUCAUCUUUAAACUUUCUAGGAGCGAAUGAACUGAUACAAAAUCUGUCAGAAGGUUUCAAUUCCUUUCAGUAAAAAUCCAUCAUGCUGGCUGUGAUAAAUUGAGGCCUUUUCUCAGUUAAUUUAAGAUGAUUGCGUCCUUGGGCUGUGACGUUAAGCCGUUGGAUUUGUCUCCAUCAUCCUUCUUUCAUUAAUUAAAACGAAGGGGACGUAAAAGAACCGACACUACUGUUCCAAAAGAGUAUGGGAUCAAACUUUUCCCGGUGGUGCGUUCUACCUUUUACGCAUCACAUAUCAUUCAUAUCAUGGGCUAUGGGUGGGUUACAUUAAACCCAUACUGAAUGGACUGAUAGUGGCUUCCAGUGGCGCCCUUUCUCGCAAGUUUUGCAUGCUGACGUCUAAAUUUACUGUUAUUAGCCGAGCUCUCUCGCGCGCGAAGCGCGCGCAGAGGAGCACCGUAGGUAAGAAAAUUUGGUUAUCUAUGCAUCCAAGAAAUUUUGGUUCUGACAAUAUCGUCCGUACGGAGUACGUACACACGUUCACCCCUUCAUGUAAGCCCGAUUGAAAUUUUGCAUUUCAAGUACCCGCGCGUUUUGGCGGUAAAUCGCAUAGCCACCCAUAUUUUUAGAGAAAAAGCAACAACAACAAAGCCGAUUCUUUCUUUCGACUUAAUUGUAAUGUCGCGCAAGUUGCAAAUGAAUCCACCUGUCAUUUGAAGCCUUUCGUCAACCCUCUGUCCAUCCUCGUGGUGUUUUAUCGACGAAAGGUGAGCAAAAGGUACGUUUUUUUGUGCUUUAUCUAUUAUUCCAUCAUUACGUGCGAAGCUUUUAACCUCAAGCUUUCGGUCACAACACAGGCAAAGCCAUCCGUCCUGGUGGUGUUUCAAGUCGUCCGUACGUCCUCGUAACCGCUGUGGUGAUUUCAUGACAUUUCUAAACAAAUUGAACAGCGCGCGCGAAUUGGUAAAAUCUUUCGCUCGUUGGCCCCAAGCAAUAGCUAUAACUACAGCAGUAUACAAUGUAAAGAGGGUGCGUCUUAUUGUCCUCUAAUCCACGACAUUACAUUACAAAGAAAUUUAAAAAAAAAGACCUUUACUACAUCAUCCUCUCUGUUCUCUUAACAGUCAGUAGAAACUAUUGCUCUCUUCCAAAAAAAUCAGUAGUUUCUCCUCAACGUGCGCUGCCUAAUAUUCAAGUGAAAGUCUAUUUUGUGGACACUUUCGCUAGUUUACAUUUGAUGCCUCUUCCACCAUUCUGCGUAACUAUGGUAAUCUAUUGUUUUUGCUUGAUUGCAGUCUGAUUGUGCCAAGAUGUUUCGCAACCACGGAUACGACACCGUAGGGCAUUUGUGUGGAUUAUCAGGCCAGGUAAGUUGUUAACAAUAAAUUAAGAAGUUGAGCUUUGAAUGUCUGUCGGUUUCAGUUGCCUUCGGUCCAGCCUUUUCUCUUAGUGUCUAGUCAAACAGUGGUGCAUAUUGUUGCUGGAUUGUAUUGAAUAGCAUUGAAUUAUUUUUAAUUAUAUAAACAUUUUACUGUAGGAACUCGAGAGAAUCGGCAUUAAGACAAGGGGACAUCGCCAAUGGCUUCUGAGAGAGAUCAAGAAAAUCCCACAAGUGGAUAUGGAGGAAGGCAUCCCAGUAAGUUAUCUAAGAAAUCAAAAAUUUUGAUGGAAAGGCGCGUCAUUUUUUUCUCUGACCGUAUUGCACACUGUAAAUCGAAUGUCCCUCAAUACGGUAUUCUUUUAUUAAACAGGAAAAUGUUAAAGAUUGGUUAGGAGAGCUUGGUCUUCAAGAUUAUUGGAGCCAAUUUGAAUCAAAUGGCUACAAGGAGCCUCGUGACUUGGUAGAUUUGAAAGGGAUGGACAAAGGAAGUCUUAAGGAACUAUUUGACAUUCGGAAACGAGGUCACUUGGACAGACUGGUUCUUGGGAUUAAAAAACUACAAAAUCCUGACGAAGGUGAAUUAAUAGCGAAGCUGCACGCGUGCGAGCAGAGCCCCACAUCUAAGAAAAUUUGGUAAUCUAUCCAUCCGAAACAAUUUUGGUAAUCACGUGACCAUACGCCCGUUCGUCCGCACCACAGAGGAACCAAUGUGAAAUGUCAAACAUUCUAGUUAGUGUCGUAACCUGUAACCUGUGUUUAAGUUGAUAAUAGACAUCCAUAUCAUGGUCAAUUGACAGCUUUCAAAAGAGGGUAUCCGCUGACCAGAGUCACAUAACCGUAUCGCGGGCUCAUGUACUAACUCAUGUAGGUCACGUGUAUUUUUUAAGUUUUCCGCGCACCCGUUGUUAGCUUUUAAUUGAUCGCAGGUUCAAGUUUAUGUUUUCAGUCGUAUGGUAGUCCCCUAAAGUUAAUUAUAGAUAUUUCUGGACUUCUUUGCAAUCAUGGUUUCAAGUCAAUUGACUAUGCAUACAUGGGAGCUUCGCUUUUUAGCUAUGGCUAAAUCUAUAUAUUAAUAGUAUAUGCAUCCCUCAGCUUUGGAAAGCCCUUCUAUCAGAGCAGAGGGAGUGUGACUCCGUAAGAAGAUUUAAAAAGUCCUGAAAAUGUUCCCUUUCAGAAAGACAUAUCGAUGAGAUAAAUUUAGACAAGAGGCUCUUGAUUAAGACAAUUUAUUAAGAUUAGCAAUUGGCUUUUAAGGUUUCACUAGAUUAGCCUUAUUGAUAAAUGUUUUAAUUUAUUAUUUAAUUUAGUUAAAUUUUAAUUUUUAGGAUCUUAACAUUUCAUGUUUGAUUGUACAUAUUUUAAAAGUUCAUUUUUAAAUUAAAGUUAAAAAACGUUUGAAGUUUCAUAAAAGAAAACAGUCCGCCAUAAAGGGGAUUUUAUUUUACCUUGAUAUGGGCUAGCUCAACUAGGCGAAAAAUCUCUCUUAACCUCAGAAGAAUCCCGAAAAAGGAAUAGAAAACAAAACAAAAAGCUUAGAAUAAGCAUAUUAUCCGAGCGUUUUUGUGACUUUUUGGGAAAGACCGAGCAUUUUAGGGAAAAAAGUAAUAAAGCAUUAAGGUGCAUGCAACAUUUUAUACGAGUGAGCAAACAAGCGAUCCAAAACCCUGAUAAUCACAUAGGAAGAAGUGGUUAGUGUACUCAAUUUUUUGCUCUAAAAGGCUUCGACCUCUGCAGUCACUUCACUUAUGACGUUAUCUCUCGUCACUAUAAAUAGGGAAUAAAUGAACACCUACUAUAGGAAAACGUUUCUGGCCCCAAAUCGAUUACUAGAGAAUUUCAUGGGGGAUAGCAUCCAGCCCCAUUUACAUCCGAAGGCUGAGGUUAAUUCCUCUUCUAGUCGGGAGGUUUCUUUGCCUGGUAUACUUCUUAGACCAUUUUUAAACAGUUAAAAGCGUUUGAAUGUUCAGGUGACUAUUUCUCAAAGAUUUGACACGUUUGACUGUAAUUUGACUUUCGUUCUUUUUAUUUUUAGGGCAAAUGAAAAUCCGUAAUACCCAGCGCAAGCUCGAUUGUGUUUCAUUAAAAUUGCUGGAUAUCCACAACUUAGAUGCUGAGAGUGAAUUCUGGGAAGGCCUCCGUCAGAAGUGUCUUUCUCCGGAACUCAGUGCUUUCGAUCAGACCUCCAAGCUAAAAGAGAAACUUAUAGAGCUACGAAAUAAGACGCUGAUGACAUUUGGUGUUAUCAAUGCCUUGUGGAUGAUUAUCAUUCUCAGUUUGGUCCGGCAUAAAGACCUAAAAGUGCUGGGUGUAGACAUUAUAGGUCUUGCCUUUCUCACUAUUUAUGGAUUGAUAUUUGUUUUACAGUUUCUAGCUCUGUUGGGACAUCGCUUUAAAACUGUAGUUCAUGUUUUGGCUCGUUUGCCCUGGAGGAAACUAAAUCGUGUUUCGCCCAUGUAAAAAUAUGUCCUAACGAUGCAGCCAUUCGGGUCCGUGUACGUGUACCUUCCGUCCAUUUAAACGAGUGUGACACUUUUAAUCAUUGAAUAUUUAGUAAUACCAAGUUUUAAAAUUGUUUAAAAUCGCGUCCUUUUUACAACCCAACGUGUUUUAAUAAAAAUAAC